AUGAAAGUCCUCUCUCUUGCCUUCGGGGCAGCCCUACUCGGCCUUACUGGCACCACCUCGGCCUCAUCCUCAACCCUGGGCAUCCUCAAAGCCAAUGGUGGUACUCGCCCUCGACUCCUGGCAAACCGCCUACGAAAAAGCCUCAACCCUCAUCUCCAGCUUAACCACCACCCAAAAACUCUCCCUGAUCACCGGCUCCUCAAUCACAACUCCCAACACACCUUCGCCGCCCUCACCGUCCUAGACGGCGACAUAGGCCCGCAAAACGACUUUUACGUCUCGGCAUUCAGCCUCUCCUCUGCGCUGGCAAUGACCUUUGACCGCGACGCCAUCUACGCGCAGUCGAGGGCCGUCGGCGAGGAAUUCUACGGGGAAGGCGUGCAGGUCGUUGCGGGACCGACGUCGCAGCCGCUGGGGAGAACCCCCUGGGGUGGACGGAAUGGCGAGGGGUUUGGGCCGGACCCGUACCUGAAUGGGGUUGCGACGGGGGUUUCGACGUGGGCGUAUAUCGAUGCGGGGGUUAUUCCUGGGGCGAAGCAUGUUUUUGCUUAA